AUGGCAAACAGAUUUUUGUGGAGCAUUUUUCUUCCUGGCUCUCCGCCAAGUUGCUUUUCUUUUCUUUGCCACCUCGGGAUUCUUCUUCACCACCUUGGGACUCUUUGCUACCUUGGGACUCUUCUUCGUGCUACUGGGCGUCGCUUGGGAGAAGCUCUUCUUCCUUGUCCCCUUGGUGUUGGUUAGUGAUUGUUCUUCAACUGCUGGACCGGAGGCUCUCAGUUUUCUGUUCAUCUUCAGCAAGUUAAUGUCUCUCAAGGGGCUCACGUUGCAGUCUUACCAGAGGCCAUUGGGCCCAGAGUUCCAGUUCCAGUGUCUGGAGAGUCCAGCUCAGCUCAGCAAUCUCAUGCCAGCUGGCACUUGUCAGCAGAAGCCGAUGCCUGCCCGUCAGUUCUCUACUCUGAGGUGUUAGAGUGGAAGAAAAAUAAUAUAAAUACUUACACUAGUUUUCAUGAGCUCUGCUUAAUAUUGAGUGAUUUUUUUUUUUAUUUCGUGGUGAUAGGUUUACCUUUCAUUAAACCAGGCCUUAGCCUUUCUGUGGCUUUUUGGCAAAGCCUCAUAUUACCCUCUCCUCUGGUUCAGCAGGACAGUCAAGGUCUACACCUGAGGCUGUUUUCUACAUUUACCUCAACAUAAGAUACCUUGUUAUUGUCAUUCUUCAUCUCCGGAUCCAAAGUAAAAUAAAAUGCCACAGGUUACUUGAUCUUGCAUCUGGAAGAUGAUUAUUUAAAGAAAUUAAACAUUUAAAACUGAAAAUGUAGUUUAGAAAUAUUUUUUAAUGUUUUAAAAAAAUUAUAGGAGACAAUAGUGUUACUAGAUUUAAUAAAAUACAGAAUGCCAAUUAAAUUUGAAUUUCAAAUAAACAUUGACUGCUUAAUUUUGGUAUAACUAUUCCAUGCAAUAUUUGGGACAUAUUUGUUAUAUUACUCAUUGUUUACCUGAAAUUAUAAUUUAAACGGAGAGUCCUGUAUUUUAUCUGGCAACUCUAUCAUAAAAAUAUUUAGGAUAAAUAUAAAGAAAUAAUAUUUUUAAUUUUUACAAAAUAUUUUAAUACAAGUAAUUUAUUUGAUUUUCAUUGUCACCCUGAGGGGUACGUUUUUGCCUUACAGUCUGUGUUACUUUACCUGUGUUUUCUGAAAAGAAUAUCUCUUAUACUGAUAGCCACCACCACCACAUCUUUUCAAGUAUUAACAUACUGAAACUUUACAUUCAUUUCUUGUAGUUUCCGCCUCUUCAUGAUUGUUUCUGAGGUAAUUCACCUCCUGCAUCUCCAUUUGCAAGUCUAGGUUAGUCUUGUUCAAAGUCAACUCAUCCAAGACACUUUGUGGGCCCUUGCUAUCAGCCUCAACACACUGAUAGAGGACAGCUUUACUCUGGUAUCUGAACAGAGCCCUGUUAGAAGAAUCAAUACAGCUUAGAUGGAGGUCUCCUCAUGCAGUGGUAAUAGAACAUCUCACACACUGGAGCUUAUAGAGCACAGCACUGGGGUGUAAAGACAUGGGUUCAAUUUGCAUCUGUGCCAUGUUCAGCCAUCAUUUUGGGCAAAUUACUUCUCUGAACCUUAGUUUUCUCAUCAUAAAAAUGGGAUGUUACAGGUUUUUUUUUUUUUUUUUUUUGAGACCAAGUCUCACUCUUCCACCCAGCUAGAGUACAGUGGCAUGAUCUUGGUUCACUGUAAUCUCUGCCUCCCAGGUUCAACUGAUCCUCCCACCUCAGCCUCCCAAGUAGCUAGGAUUACAAGUGUGCCCCCACCAUGCCUGGCUAAUUUUUGUAUUUUUAAUAGAGAUGGGGUUUUACCAUGUUGGUCAGGCUGGUCUCGAACUCCUGACCCCAAGUGAUCCACCUGCCUUGGCCUCCCAAAGUGUUGGGAUUACAGGCCUGAGCCACCACGCCCAGCUAAAAUGGGAAUAUUGUGAGAAUUAAGUGAGUUAAUGUACAAAAGUACUUCACACAGCAUCAAUGUUCAGUAAAUGGUAGGAAUAACUUUAUUACCGUCAUGAAAGAGUGAAAAUCUCUCCCCUGCUCUUUGACGAGGAAAGGAAGCAAGUUCCUUUUCAAGUACAGGGGAAUGCACCUUUUUUUUUUUUAUAAGGGCUAUGUCUCCCUAGUUAAAAAAAAUUUCAAGUACAGUACGGGGACCUCCUGCAGUUCUAUAAAAACCAAGUCUCUGACCUAUGGAUUGGAGAGUCAUACACCAUACAUGAGAUUUUAUUUUAUUUUAUUUUAUUUUAUUUUUUGAGACGGAGUUUCACUCUUGCUACCCAGGCUGGAGUGCAAUGGCGCGAUCUCGGCUCACUGCAACCUCCAUCUCCUGGGUUCAAGCAAUUCUCCUGCCUCAGCCUCCUGAGUAGCUGGGACUACAGGCGCGCACCACCAUGCCCAGCUAAAUUUUGUAUGUUUAGUAGAGACAGUGUUUCACCUUGUUGACCAGGAUGGUCUCGAUCUCUUGACCUCGUGAUCCACCCGCCUCGGCCUCCCAAAGUGCUGGGAUUAUAGGCAUGAGCCACUGUUCCCGGCCCAUACAUGAUAUUUUAAAUUGCUAGCCUGGGAGUUUUCAGAUUGCUAGCCUAUGGCCACUAUUGUAAUUUAAACAUAAGAUAUUAUUUUAUGUUGAGGUGUUUAAUAUGAAAUAAUGAUAUUGUACAUUUUAUAGUAACAUUGUUUAAAGUGAAUCAGGGAGUGUGUGUGUGUGUGUGUGUGUGUGUGUAUCAGUUCUUCACGUGGUUUCUGACUUACUUGAGCUUGAAGUCAUCCACAGCCUGGAAUUGUGGAUCUAAUGCAGAAUGUUGGCAUUUUCCAAAGUAACAUUUGUUACCUUCGAGGGAGGAAAAGGAACCAUGUAAUUCAACAAAAUAUGUUGGUUGCCAUUAGGUCCAGAUUAUUUACUUCAUGGAUUUCAAUAAUUAAAAAUUUGUCAAUCAUAAUUAUAUUUGUGUUAGGCAUGGUGGCUCAUGCCUGUAGUCCCAGCACUUGGAGAAGCUGAGGAUGGAGGAUCACUUGAGUCCAGGAGUUCGAAAUCAGCCUGAACAACAUAGUGAGACCCCAUUUCUACAGAAAAUAAAUUAGCUGGGAAUGAUGGCACAUAUCUGUAGUCCCAGCUACUUGGGAGGCUGACGUGGGAGGAUUGCUCAAGUCGGGAGGGUGAGGCUGCAGUGAACUAUGAUUGUGCCACUAUACUCGAGCCAGGGCAACAGAGUGAGACCGUGCGUAAAACAAUUAUUUGUAUAAAUAUAAAUUAGAUAAACAGUAAAUUUAAAUUUUUCUGGGACCAUUAUGUAACUUUUGAGCUAAAUAUAUUUUUUAGAGCUUCUGAAACACAGAAGGAUAAAUGUUUCUCUUUCAAAUGAAUGUCAAAAUAUUUCAUGUUAAUUUUUAUGCUUGUUAGACAUUUUUCUCAACAUUAGAUGCAUCAAGUAAUCAGAAAAAAUAUAUGCUGGCCAGGAGAAAGGGUUGUAUUUUCUACAUUUGAGACAACUUACCUGAGUUUUAAGGUACUUGAUAGUGUUGUAAUAUUUGCUACAGUCUCAAGGUUGACCAUCAGUUUUCCCCCCCAAAUCCUCAUGCCAUCUUAUUGAGUGUAAGGUCAGCACUGGCAUUUUCCAGGCAAUGUAAGUUGUCAAGGUAACAGGUCUGGCAUUUGUUUAAAUUCUGUGUGGUUUUCCUCUCAUUACUUGGAAGAAGGCCACCACUAUCAGAGCCACCAGAAUUUCACAGGCCCCUCUUUGGUCCAGCACUCAUGCUACUCCACCCUGAGCCAGGACCCAGCCUACCCUCAACACCAUAAAAGCCACCAGAUGGCCACUACCAUGGCCUCUGUGCUGUCUUCAGCCCCCUACAAUGACAUAGCUUCUCUCUGAGCCUUAACAGACCCACAGCCACAGCGGUCAGUGCCGCUGUGCUGCCACAACCCAGAGGAAAAAAACAUUGUGUGGAGGUAGCAGAGAUUGACGGUUAAAGUUUAGCCCCAAAGUCAGUGCACUCUGGGGGCCGUUGUAAAGCCAGCCUGCCUGUCUGUCUAUCUAUCUAUCUAUCUAUCUAUCUAUCUAUCUAUCUAUCUAUCUAUCUAUCUAUCUAUCAAUCAUUACGUCAUCUUUAAUGAACAAUUUUUUUUGAAGUAUAGGUUUCUUUGGUUAACAAUCUUCUCACCUCUUAGUGAUUGAUGAGCCAUAUAUGCUCAAGUGCUAUUUCAUCAGGGUGUUAGGGACAUAUAAGAAAACUGUGUGAGCAGGAAAAACAGAAAAGACCACCAUUUCAUGACUGUCUUUUGAAUUAUGAUGAGUGACUAUUUUUUGAAACACUGCAGGCAUUCCUCUAAUGGAGAUCCUUUCUCUCAUUCUGACCCUAUAGUCUAAACAUUCUCAUGCUCUUGCUCAGUUUGCAUCUAUUUUUUCAUGAAAACUUCCAAGCUUACCUCAGGCCCCUUUCCAAGGAGUCUGAGUAGUGCACACUGCUGUAGAGUUAAAUAGAUCUUUGAGUCCUCGCUUAUUGUUUCUCAGCUUGGACGAAGUUACUUAUCUUCUGUGAAUCUCAGUUUUUUCAUCUGUACAAAUUACAAAAGAAUUUGGAGUAUUAGUGAGAAACAAGUAAUUGCAUUUGGCACAUACUAGGCUCUCAAUGAAUGCUUGUUCUCUCCCUUCUUCUCUCCCUGGUCCCCACUCUAGCCCAAAGCAGUCUCUAAAACUCAUAGCCCUUAUUAUAUCACACAGUCAUUCAAGAGAUAUUUAUUGAAUGCCCAAUAUGUACCAGGAAGUCUUAUGGGACUAUUACGAGCCCUGGUUUUAUUUGGUUGUCAUACAUGUGUCUUGAUCAAGGUCCCUCCUACACUCAGUGGCUGAGCACUGAGUCUAGAUAUCCGUGCAUACCCUAAACUGGACAGAGAUGCCUUUGUACAAAAUUAAGAAGUUGGCAAAGUUUUCCAUUUGUGUCUAUACCUUCUUCCCUUUUUCUUCUCUAGGUUGAAAUCUCAGUCUGCACUUUGUCUGAAGCCAUGGGCUUUCUUGUGCUUUAACUCAUUUUUUCUGUCUAGGUAAAAGGCAUGAUAUUGUUCAUUUACACUGUAGAAACAUAGUAUUUGCUGUAUGUCUUUCAGGAAACUAGACAUUUGAAUUCUGAGCUUUUCCUUUAAUUAUGAAAUGAAAGUUUGUUCCUUGUGAUAGAAAUUUCAGUUCUUGGUGAGGAGGAGAGAAUUUAUUUUGGGCAGAAAUUUGCUGAAAUUGCACUUUGCCCACUUGAAAGACCGGCCUUAAACAAGUGUGAUUUUGUCUUUUUAGAAUACGUGUGGGGGAGUAGACUGAAGAGAAGGUGCACGUUUCUCUCUUUUACCCCUCCUUACUCUGUACACAGAUGUCUUCCAGCUCCUGUGCCCACGUCUGAGUUCUGUUCCUGGAGUUCCUUCUGAAUUUCUGAAAGUUACCUCUUCUUCAGACUUCUUCCUUCUGUGACUCAUUCCUUUCUCAUCUCCCAGUCUCUCCUAAGAAUCCAAAAUAUCUGCAAGUGGAAGCUCUGUGCCAGCUCAUUCCCUUUGCCAUGAUCUCCAUCUCCUCCACUGCACCCUGUCCUCACAACAAAGAGAUUGUUCUGUCUUCUCUGCAUCAGCCUCCCAUGGCCCUAAAGACCCAUGAUUUUGUUACACUUAGGUGCACAGGAUGGAGAGGAUGACUGUUAUGCAUGAUUAAGGAAUCCCUUAGAGAAUGAGGGGAGAAGAGCAUGGAAAGAUAGUGGAGUCUCAGCUUUCAUCAGGGUUUCAAGAGGAGACACUGAUUAUUGGGAAGUUAGAUUCAGGACAGGUUUCUUUUUAGUAUUGGUGUGUGUAUUUCUAUAGCAGAGAGGAAGAGGAAUUAAACUUGGCAUGUAUCAGGAAAAUCUGCCAACAAGAACAUGAAUACAGGUACUUGAGAACUAAUAAAAUGAGAAAAGAGAAACUAGAUAUUACAAACAUGUAGUAGCAAUAAUCUAAUUCAACUACAUGUAUUGAGUGCUGACCCUAUAAAGCUGUUUUCCCUUCCAUAUCCUCUUUCCACCUUUCUCCAUUCUGCUCUCGGCACCAGGAAGAUAACCUUGCCCUCUGGCUUUCAUUAUGUUUGCCCAGUGGGGACCCCAGUGGAGAGAGGGAGAAGAAUGAGUUUGGGGGAUUUAUUCCCCUCGCCACCUCUGCAGCUUGGUUGGAUCCUUUUAUUGAACACCACAGCUUCUGUUGAGAUGGCCCUUUCUGUGACUUUACCUUUCUAGUUACCUUUCCUUGUUCUUUAGGCAUGGGGGUGACACUAGCUACCCGAUGGUUUUCCUACACCAAACCCACACCUUUAUCAAUAGUUCUUUUCUUAAAUUUGCCUUGAUGUAUCCUAAUUUGAGUGUGCCAGUUGUUUCCUGCAUGGACCCUACUGUAUGAUAGGUCUUGUAUAGAGUCUUUACUCUAAAGGAGGUUAAUAGGAAAAUGAAUAAUUGCAACACUAUGAAAUAAGGGUUAAUACUUGCUUAUCAAAGUGUAGGAUCCAGACCACACAUUAUUCACAUUUCUUUCUUAAGACUUAGCAUAGUGCCAAGUACAGAGCAGGUGCCUACCAAUGUGGAAAGGUAGAGGUGUGCAUACUGGGUGGGGACAAAUGAAGGAUAGAGUUGAGAAACUGUUCCAGGAAGGCCCAGGUGGCUUCAUAGUUUAAUUACGUUGGUUAGAAACAGAUUGUUUGCACUAAACAAGAAGAGAAUUUACUAGAAGGAUAUCAUUGGCUUCUAGAAUCAAUGGAAGGUAGGAUAUAAGAAUUGGAGGACAAGGAGAAGCUGAGGUGCUUUGGAGGGCUAGUUUACACAAACCACAGCAAAAUUCACACAAUUGCUAUGAUCUCCAGUGUGUGUUCUCACACAUUGGUCUCUUGUUCAAAUUUCAGUGUCCCGAUUGGCUAAGUCUAAGUGGUGGGAGGGGCUGCUAUCUCCUCCUCCUACUGCACACACUAGGACUGCACACCCCCUUUCAGGGGCCUCUCCUGAAGGGACAGCAGCUACUUUCUACUUCAUAUGGUUUUUAUUACUUAGUUGAGAUGCUAACGUGUUCAUGACCUUGGGCAAAUGGUUUAAUACAGAUAUAUGUGUAUCUUAAUAGUUUAGAUGAAAAGAACUGAUUUCUGAGACAACUCUCGAGAAUCUUUUUUUCUUUCAUGAUCAAGUAAUGUUAAUUUUAUGCCCUACAUAUUGCAUCUUGUGCUGAUCCCAAAUCUUUAAUGGUUUAAAAUGUGGGUCUAGCCCGGGCGCAAUGGCUCAUACCUAUAAUCCCAGCACUUUGGGAGGCUGAGGCAGGUGUAUCACUUGAGGUCAGGAGUUCAAGACCAGCUUGGUAAACAUGGUGAAACCCCAUCUCUACUAAAAAUACAAAAAAUUAGCUGGGGGUGGUGGCGGACGCCUGUAAUCCCAGCUACUUGGGUGGCUGAGGCAAGAGAAUUGCUUGAACCUGGGAGAUGGAGGUUGCAGUGAGCCGAGAUUGCACCAUUGCACUCCAGCCUGGGUGACAGAGCAAGACUCUGUCUCAAAAAAAAAAAAAAAAGCUGGGUCUAUAGAAUCUUCACAUUUUAGAGCUGGAAAGGAUCAUGGAGAUAAUUUCCAAUGCCUUAUUCUAAAGAAGAGUAAAUGAAAUUUAAAAACGGUGGAUGUGACUUGUCUAAGACCACUUCUUUAACCAAGGAGUGGAAUUGUUUCUGUUUGAUGUAGUCCUUGUGAGUGUGUUGGUGUUUAGGCUGUGUCAGCAGUAGAGUGAGGCCAGUAGACUACGACCCUCAAGUCAGCAUGGCAAUUGCCUUUUGGCCUAAUUGAUGUCAGACAUGUUGAUGCCCUCAGAAGAGAUUUGUCCCUGAAGGUCCCUCCUUUCUUUAUCCCUUCUGGGAAAGGAUAUGGGGAUUUCUAUCAUAGGAAAAGGAAAAGUGGCUGGAAAAGGAUAUCACCUUCUUUCUGUAACCACAUUACUCUCUAUGUGCUGUUAUUAUUCUAAUUAUCACAUUUACCUUCAGGAAGUUCCACAAAUCAUGCGCAACAUAACACUCCCACCCAGAGAUUCAGAAUUCAUUCCCUCCUUUGCCAAGCACCACUGCAAAUAAAUCAAAUAAAUUGUUACUAUUGGGAAUAUUUUGUGUCCUUGAGCUGCUUUAGGAAAAAAACAUAUUGAGAACCACUGAUAAGAAACUCCAUAUUGCAAUCUUCAGAUUGCUUUUGAGUGGGGGAAAGACUUGAGAAAAGCAUUGCUUCAGAAAGAUUAGCCUGUUGGAAGUAUUCCAAUUGGUUUGAGAGAGACUGGGAGCAAGGGAACCAGUUAGGAGAAUGUUAGUGUCUAGAUAUGCCAUCAUGGACACAGAAAAAAAGAAGCCAAUUGAAAGAGUGAUAAUGAUUAUUUGAUUAUUGAUUGGUUAUUGUGGUGGUCAAGACCAAGAAAGUGGCAGAAUAGGAAAGCCAGAAGAGUGGUUUACAAGUGCAGAUACGGAAUUGGAAAUGAUGGUCGUACUUUCUCAUGGUCAGCCUUUUGCUUUCUUUAACAUGUGUUGGCGCAGGCUUCACAGGCAGACAACACUCCUAGAUGUAUAUUGCUAGCUGUUUAGAAACUUUCUUCCAGUCCUCUCAGAAAACCUGUUCACUGCUGCAGGUAAGGUAGGAGGAACGAGAAUAUCUCAGGUGGGAUCAGGUAAUAAGCUAAGAGGAUAUCUAGUUCUCUGUGGCAGCCUUAUCUAUUGGAAUUACAGAAACCAGCUCACCUCUCUUCUCCUUGUCUCCUCAUUAGAUGAAAGGAAAGAUUAUGGGAGCAGUGGGUGGGAAGAGUAGUUAAAUUGCAGGGGUUAACAGAGUUAAGUAACAAUGAUGAUGAGCUCUUCCCCUGAAGAGCCAAGCCUGAGUGCCAAGGUGGGGCUGCUUUUGCUCAGUGUGAUAGAGGGUGUUUCCCCGGUCUCUGGGGAAGGAGUAGAAGAACCAGUACCUGCUGAGGUUUCCAUCCUUGCAUCUAGAUCUUUGUUUUGCUGCCCUCUCCCUCUCUGCCAUACCACUCUCCCACCUGCCGCCAGCUAUCCUGUGUUCUGAAGUUGCUGCCUGGUACCCCAAAGCCACAUGCCAGUUUCGUUUGUCCUCCUUUGACUUGCUCCAUUUCUCUGUUUUUUCCACUUUCCCUACUGAGGCUUCUCAGCCUGCCGUGGGAAUAGGUAUUAGGAAGAUAACCAUCUGGUGAGUCUAAUUCAGUCUAAGGUGUGACUUACUGACUGCCAAAGGUGGGUAGGGUUGGAGAGGCAUUCACUGAAGCUAUUUACAUUAAAAAAAACAAAAGUGUCAGUGCAGUGGUUAAGAAUGGGAAGAUAGUUAUAGAUAUAGUGGCAUUUGACUUGGCUGUUUGCAGGUUGAUGAUGGAGGGCCUCUGAGAUGGCAGGAGGUUUCUAGUUUUGAACUUUGGGGAAUGCUGUUGACUGAUACGUAAAUGCAAAGGAGGAGAAUUGUUUGUAGGAAAGGUAACACAUCUAAGUGGAAUACUUAGAUAAUAAUCCAAACGGAAUCUCAGGCACUGUGGUGGUACAGAUUUGGAAGAAAAGAUUUUUCUGUAUUCUUCCAAUUAAUACCACUCGAUUGUAAAAUUAACUGUAGCAAGAAAGGCACCUUGUCUUUAGGCCUCUUUUCCUCACCUUCUGAAGGGAAGGGGCAGUAUCUUGGCUCUGAUUGUCCCAUUUGUUUUUUUGGUACAAUUCACUGAAUAUGUAUUAUAUGUCAUAUAUUUUACUGGGGUUCUGAGGAUAGGUAAGAUGUGGUCCUUACAUUCAAGGAAGUCCUAUCUUUUGGGUCAAAGGGUAGGAGACAAGGCACAGAUAAUUACAAAAUGGGAUGAAGAGUUUGAAAAUACAGAUUUAUCUAACGUAGAAGAAGCACCAAGAAAGAGAAAUAAGUUUCUGGAGGACUUAAUGAGAUGUCUUUUGAAUGAUGUCUUAAAGAAUGGCUUAGAAUUCAUCGUAUGGGGGAAAUAAAAACCUCUAGGCCAAGGGACCAGCACGCAUAAAGGAGACAUAAACACGCACGGCAUAUUUGAAGAACUGUGAAAAGCUUGGUUUGGCUGGUACAUCAAGUUUAUGCGAGUGAGUGCCAAGAAAUCAGACUGGAAAAUAGGUUUGGACCACAAGAGAAAAGAUCUUUAAUGCCAUUCUAAGGAAUUUGGACUUGAUCCCUUAGUCAUGGAGUGGAGCAUUGAAAGCUGCUACAUAGGUGAGGAGCAUGACCUUAAUUUUUAGAAAGACAACUUUGUUGACAGUGCCCUAGAUGGAUUGGAGGGAAACUGGAUGAAGGGAGAUGAGAUGGGGGAAUUUGCAAGAGUUUGGGGAGGGGAAGAAACAAUGAAAAUUUCACAAAAGUUUCAGUGCAGUAGUAAGAAUGGGAAGAUAGUUAUAGAUAUGGUGCCAUUUGACUUGGCUGUUUGCAGGUUGACGAUGGAGAGCGUCUGAGAUGACAAGAGGUUUCUAGUUUUGAACUUCAGGGAAUGCUGUUGACUGAUAUGUGAAUGCAAGUGGGGAGCAGUGUUUGUAGGAAAGAUAACAAAUUUAGAGAAAGGAUGAUUGAAACUGAGGUACCUCUCAACAUUCAGGUGAAGUUAUUCCAUAGGCAGCUGCAGUGUGGGUCUGAGAUUAGGAGAGAAAUUCUGACAGAAAUAAUGCCAGUCUGGAUAAAUAGACAAAUUAUCAGGAUAGAAUUGUCUAGAUCACUAAUGCAUUCACUGCGAUGGCUUCAACCAGAACACAAUUUGCAAAGGACAUUAGAGGUCAUUACCAGGAUUCACAUUUCUUGCAUUGCCUAUUACAGGGUGUACGGUAAAUUACUUAAUCUCUUUUAAUCUUCUUCAUGAAGAUUAAAUAAUCUUCCUGAGAUUAUUUAAUGUGAGAAAUAAUAUCCAAUUCAUAAAUUUGAGUCUACCAAUUUAGAUAACACAUACAAAGUGUCUUCUCAUAGUGGGUACUCACAGAUGUCUGUCCUUUCUUGCUUCUCUUGUUAAAUAUCAAACACCAAACAGAACCCCUUAUCAGAUGUCUCCAGUCUCUACUGGAAUAUUUAAUAGUGACAAGAAACUCAUUGUCUUACAAAGCACUCUACGUACCUUUUUUCCUUUUUCUUUUUCUUUCUUUCUUUCUUUUUUUUUUUUUGAGAUGGAAUCUCCCUCUGUCGCCCAGGGUGGAGUGCAUUAGCUCAAUCUCAUCUCACUGCAAACUCCAUCUCCCAGGUUCAAACGAUUCUGCCUCAGCCUCCCAAGUAGUUGAGACUACAGGCAUGCACCACCAUGCCCAGCUAAUUUUUUGUAUUUUGUAGAGACGGGGUUUCACCAUGUUGGCCAGGAUUGUCUUGAUUUCCUAACGUCGUGAUCCACCUGCCUUGGCCUCCCAAAGUGCUGGGAAUACAGGUGUGAGCCACUGCGCCUGGCCACCACUCCACGUAUCUUUUAAGUGCUCUAAUUAUUUAAAAAAAAGUUUAUCUUUCUAUUUAACUGAAAUCUGCGACACAGAACAUCGCUUUGCUGAUGGGGAAUCUUUUAGGUAUUUGGCAAGAUUACUCUGCCUUUCCACGUCUUUCGU